UGCACUGUGUUUCCCUUUUUUCUUUUUUUCUUCUCUUCAUGUAUCUCAAAUCUUCGAUUCUUUUCAAAUCAAUUUUGGUUUUGGCUGGGCGACGAAAUUUUUUUGCAGAAUUUCGUUGAAUAAUAUCAAAAAACUGAGAUAAGCCUUUUCUCUUGUUCCAAUUCCCCGCUGCAAAAAUUGGAGAACUGGAAUCGUGUGGGCUUGAGAGCUGAACAUUCUGGAAUUGUGCUCAAUUAAUUAGGGUUUUGUGUAGUUGAUCUUUUUUAGUACAAAUUACAAUCAUAUUUUAUGAUUUCAAACACCCCAGUUUGAAUGCUUAUCUUAAUCAGAACUUUUUUUUAUAAAUAAAAACUUAAAAUUCUAUGUAUAUUUCCAAUAUGAUAUCUUAUAAGAAAUGGUUUUUUUUUUGGGUCAAAAAUAAGAAAUGGUUAAUCGUAUCAAUUUGAUUUUAGUGGCAACUUACUUUUCGGUAACGUUAAUUGGGGAGCUCGAAUUUCAUGCAUGGUUGCUAUAUGUAAAUUGGGGGCAUUAGUUCACAGAUUGUGAAAGGGUUGCGUUGUAUGCGUCGAGCAUGAAUUCCUGUGACUAUAUAUAAGAUAAGUUAUGUAAUUGUGUUUAUUAUUGAACCUUCAGUCAUAUUUUGAUGGCAUUGAUUACUAACCCUUUUUGUUUUUGGUGCAUUGUUGCUCUGCGUGUUGUUGACCGGUCGUGUUCUUUGCAGUGCUUGCAGGACUUGCUUUUAUGUUUUCAGCAAGCAUCUUGCUACAGAUCCUGGCUUGUGCAUUAUACAACAAUUGGUGGCCGAUGUUAUCUGCUCUCAUGUACGUGCUCGUACCCAUGCCUUGCUUAUUCUUUGGUGGUGGUUCUACUCAGUUUUUGCUUAGCAGGGAAAGUGAUGGGUGGGUAAAUGCUGCUAAAUUUUUGACUGGAGCAUCAACUGUGGGGAGCAUAGCCAUUCCCAUUAUCCUUAGGCACGCUCAUUUGAUUGAGACAUCUGCUAUGUGGAUCGAAUUCUUUUCAUUCCUCAUAUUUGUCUGCACUGUCUUGUGCUUUCACCGUGCCAGCCUCGAAGAUGAGUGGUGAUGAACAUAAAAAACCUAGCUUCUUAUCUACUACUGACUGGCAAUCAUUGGGGCCAACAAUUAUGUAAUGUAAACAACUGCAUGAAGUGUGAUAUGCAUACAAUGGAAAAGGAAUAGAGACUCUUCCCUUUUGUAAAUGUGUUCUAUAUCUAAUGUUCAAAGACAAUUUAUUUUUAUCAGUUUGUAAUAUGUUCAAAGGCAUCUUGAUUAAUUUGCCCCUUUAACCGAUUUGGGCAGGACAUUAGGUUUCUGGUUAAUGUGGGAUUGCUUCUGUGUGAUAGUGGUAUUUGCUAUGUAAUAUAAUUUAACUAGAAUUUUGAUC